AUGUCGCGACAAUAUCUCGCGUGGGGCUCGGCCGAUAAUGCGCACCCCGUGGAUAUAUUCUCUCUGGCAGUAACAGAAAAGCAGAUCCUCUCUGUAUCUGGCGAUUCAUCGAUUAAGGUCCAUUCAACUGCAGACACCGACUUUCCUUUGGUGCAAUCGAUUGAGGGGGCCCAUCCGCUUGGCGGCCACCAUGUCGUAACCAAUGCCAAAGGCACACGCGCUGUCAGUGCCGGUUUUGCAGGAGAUGUGAAGGUGUGGUCUUGCCAGGAUGGUUACUGGUCAGCAGACAAUGCUUUAACAACUAGCUUCUCAGAUGUGCAUCCAUGGGCAAUUGCUUUGUCUGAAGAUGGCCAGUAUCUGGCCGGUGUCUCCCAGGAUGGACAUGUCAAAGCAUGGGAUCUGAAUGACAGUGGUGCCCAAAUACGAGACCAUGAGACCAAGGGUAGCUUCGGCACCUGCAUCGAUCUGUCUGCAGACGGUCAGCUCAUUGCUAGUGGCCAUGAAAAUGGUGCUGUUUAUGUCUUCAGCACCGAAACAGGUCGCAUGCCAUUCUCUCUAUCUGGUCUGGUGAAACCUGUGCGAACCGUAGCAUUUUCUCCGGGUGGAAAGAUCAUGGCUGCGGCAGGAGACUCUAAAGUGAUUGUGCUCUAUGAUACAUCCUCGGGUGAACAGAUUGCCAAUCUGUCUGGCCACGCAGCCUCUUUUGAUGGAAAGGUGAAAGUCUGGUCUAUUGAGACCAAGAUGUGCGUUGCCACACACUCCGAGACCGAGAAAGCAGUCUGGAGCGUCAAGUGGCUUCCAAAAACUGGAAGGUCAGAGGGAUUUGCAACUGCCGGUGCCAACCGGAGUGUCGCAUUCUACCGUGAGGCUACUGGGGGCUAG